ACUGAACACGGAUAACAGCGGAUUUUUAAUUUUUCGUCUGCGCCGAGAAAACGGAGGUUGUUGACGAUUGUUGACCGAGAAAUGAUUGUCCUUCUUGAUGGAUAGCACAGAGACGACCUUUGAUAUUUUAAAACGCCAAAAUCUUUCUCAACGUGUAAAAUAUAUGGAUGAAAAUGUGCCGUCUACGACGAAAUCAAAGGCAAGGAUGCCGACAAUUGAAGACUUCACCAUUCUCAAACCAAUAAGCAAAGGAGCAUUUGGGAAAGUCUACCUUGGGAAGCGAGCAGACCGAGAUGAAAUAUACGCCAUCAAAGUCAUGAAGAAAUCGGAUAUGUUGCACAAGAACAUGGUGCAGCAGGUCACGGCCGAGAGAGACGCACUGGCACUGUCCAAGAGCCCCUUCAUUGUCAGGUUGUUCUACUCAAUCCAAACAGCAAAGUGUAUUUACUUGGUGAUGGAGUAUAUGAUCGGAGGCGAUCUCAAGUCUCUUCUGCAAGUCUGUGGUUACUUUGACGAGGCGAUGGCCGUUAUGUACACAGCGGAGAUUGUGCUGGCUUUGGAGUAUCUACACAGUCACAGCAUUAUACACAGGGAUUUGAAACCGGACAAUCUGUUGAUAGCUGACAACGGCCACAUCAAGUUGACUGACUUCGGACUCUCACAGAUCACACUCAACAAAAGAAUCAGUGUAGCAGACAUCAUGAGUACCCCUUCUGUUCCCAGGCGUGGAUCCACGGACCACUUCCGCACCCCUGGCCAGCUCCUGUCACUCACAACCAGCUUUGCCUUCAAUCAAGCCUCCGCAAUGAAGACCAGACCCCCACAGUCUCCCCACACCACACCCCUGACCGCACUGGGCAACAAAACCCACCACAGACCGUUGCCGAAGACCCACGAGAGACGCGACAGGUCCAACAGCUACAUCAGCCUGAUUAAAUCCCCGUCCCCUGCUGGGUCCUGGUCAAUGGUCACGGAAGAAUCCUCCAUCAGUAAAGGUCUUGGUAGCGUUCUCGAGGAGGAACCACGUGGCGGUGAGCCAGCUGACAACACUGGUGGUGAUGUUGGGGUCAAAGUUCAAGAGAAGGAGAAUCGAUUCGGUCUGAUGGAGACCCCGCUGAAUUCUGGAGGGAGGCGGAGACUGGGGAAAGGGAAGGAGGGUCUUAUCGGGAGUGGUUCUGGGCAAGGCGCUAAAAGGUUCUUAGACAGUGGAUCGCCGGCACCGAUUAUGAGCCUGGCUUUUGAGAAUGCUCGGGUUAAGACAUCCCCGAUGUCAUCCCCAGAUCUUGGGUACGAUAGUAGAGGUUCUCACGAUGGGUUUUGUGGUAGAGCCGGUGGCUCGGAAGCUGGUAGUGAGGACAAGGACAGCUUACAUCCACACAGUCCUCAGAAAGUCACAUCCUCAACUCCGCUAACGUCUCCGCAACUCGAUGCACAUCACUCUACUCCCGACGAUGCUGCCUCUGGGAGGUCUUUGGCUUCUCCUGGAGAUUCAAGCGACAAGAUGUUGACUUCUCAACCUAAGAGAACUUACAGCACGGACAGCGACGAGUUUGCGUUGGCCGAGAGUCCAGAGAUCUCUCGUGGAAGGGUGCUGACCUUCGGUUCCGGUGAUGUCGCUGGACUGCACAGCGUGGCUGGACGAAAACGCAAACUCUCCGAGCUGUCGGAUAUCAGUCCUGUAGGAGAGGGUGGUUUCUUUAGCGGAGGAGGGCACACAGGUCUUACAAUGGAGGUCAACGUAAUGGGUCUUGGUGGAUCAGGUCCCAGCACCGACGCAGCCAACAGGUCGGCAUCUUCGAGCCUCACCUCAUCCCUCAGUGAAAGCCUCGAAGAGUCAUCAGACCUCAGUAAAGGUUCCGACGGCGGGAAUGACCACCACAAAGCCAAGAGACCCAAGCGCAACGUCAGCUUUGAUUUAGAAAGCGGGCCGACGCUCGUGCGCCCCCGACUGAACACGUACCUGGAGCGGACUGCCAAGAUGGCAACGUACGAAGAGGAGAAACCGCUGGACCAAUCGGACGCCAGCAUGGAUGAGAACGACGAGGAGCCCGGGAACCAACUGCCACACUUGCCUGUGUCAAGUGAUCAUGACAUCAUCACAGAAUGGGCUGAUAAAAAGCCGACUAGGACGCCAUUCAGAUCCCACAGUGCUACCCCAGCCAAGUCUACCUUCAAGACCCCGGCACACACCCCCUUCCGGACACCGGCGUGCACCCCAUACCGUACUCCGAAGAGUGUGCGCAGGGGACCUACGCCAAACGAGGCUCACCCGGAGAGAAUUCUUGGCACUCCGGACUACCUGGCUCCGGAACUGCUGCUUCAGAAACCACACGGUGUUGGUGUUGAUUGGUGGGCGCUGGGCGUUUGUUUCUUCGAGUUCCUGACCGGGAUUCCGCCUUUCAAUGACCAAUCACCAGACCUGGUCUUCCAGAACAUCCUGAGCAGAGACAUUCCGAUUCCAGAGGGGGAAGAAGCUUUGUCCCACAAUGCUUUGGACGUCAUCGACCGUCUUCUGACCAUGGACCAGGACAAGAGAGCUACGGCCAAAGAUUUGAAGCCCCACCCCUUGUUCCAAGGCAUUGAUUGGGCACACAUCCGUGAGACCGAAGCCCCAUUCAUUCCUGCGCCAGACGAUAAGACAGACACCACGUACUUUGAUGCUCGGAAUAACAUGCAGCAUCUCCAGAUGUCAUCGUUUUCACUUUGACCGAGGAAUACUUAUGUCAAGAAAAGGGUAAAAUGUGUGGAAAAAAAAUCAUACAUGGCAUUCUAACAAUAUAACAACUCAGGUGUACAGUAAACUUUGUGAAAAAAAAUGUAGAACUAAAGUUGAUACGCGUAUUUCUGUUUAAAUUUACAUAUGAAGAGUUUCUUUCCAAAGCACAGUAUAUCCAUUUGGAAAAAAAGUGAAAAAUGUGCGCAUUUAUCAAAGUUUAUGUGAACAAUAGCUAGCACAAUGCUUUUGCCAUUAUAGGGGGCCUCUGUGGUAGAAAAGAUAGGCGGCCCAUAUUGGUCCAGAGACAAUUCUUUGAUUCAAAAGGGCUCAGACGCGAGAAGCAUUGGCCAUUCUAAAUUUAUAGUCGAGCUUGUUGUAAGCAGUGCAGUAACGCACAAUUUAUUUUAAAGAAAAAGAGCAAAUUAAAUUUAAAACAAUGAAAGCAAAACUACUUAAAAAUUGACUCUCUUUUUACCUUUGUUAGACAAAUGUAAAUGAAUCAUAAACGCAAAAUCAGUUUAAAAACUUAAAAACAAAUGAGUGAUUUGCUUUAAUAGUUGAUAGAGGUAAAUUACAUUAAUUAUGUAGUUAAACAUGUAUACUCAAACAUAUUUAAAGUGAAACUGUCAUAAAUUUUCUUACAAAAUUGAUUGUCGGGUGAAAAACAACGGAGAGAGUCACUUUAAUUUACCUUGACAGUAAACCUUCAAGUGUUAACAGAAAUUGUUACAUUUCAUUGUGAUGCAUUGUGUAUUUGUAUAUUAACUAAACCAAUAUAAGUGUACAUGCAUACAUAUAUGUACUGCUGUUUUUUGAUAGCAUAUAAAGAAAUAAAUUCCAAAACCAUGGUAUGUGGGUAAAAUA